UUUUAGCAUUUAUCAAGUAAGUAAGCUUUAAUGAAGCUUUAAUCACUCAAGCCUCGCUUUUGCAUUCUCCUAUGGCCAGGAUAUAGUUGUAGAGAUUCUUCAUCUUGCUAUGUUGACACUGAGAAGGAUUGUUUGCCAGAAAAUAAUAUCUGUUAUAGCCUAGAUGAGUUUGGAAACACAGAAUCGUAAAGAUGACAAUAACGAGAAUAUUAAAGAAGACCUUGAAAAUUCUGAGAGCAAACUUGACUUUGAAGAGCUACCAGAGGACCCUCGCUCUUCCUUCUUCCAUCCAGAGAAAGAAGAUAAGAAGAUGAAAGGUGCUGAUCCUCCUGACACUUCAAGAGUUUUCCCGAAGCUUAGCCAAGACAUUGUCAGAAAAAGAGCUAAGAAGGAUGAUAAAAAAGACUUCUUAACUCGCUUAGUCAAGCCAUCCCAGAACAGGCUUACUAAUGCAAUGAAAUCUCUAGUCGCGAAGAAAAUAGUUGAGCGUGAGGAGUACGAAAUAGUAUUUAGCCUAUCAAGAACAGUAAAGAUGUUUAUCUACCAUACUCUGUUCUACUUCAUCGGUAUUUUUGCAACACUGCUGAUCUUAAUUAUUGAAGGAUACCAGUUUACUAAAUAAUCUUGGAUUCAUUGGAAUGCAUUUGAGGUUCAUCAUCAUGCAGUACUCCACCCAAGUGAUGUUCAUAGGUUUUAUCGUACUAGUGGCCGUACUUCCUAUGAAAAGUAUAAGCCAGUUUGAGUCUUAUUUCUUCAUUAUGCUUAUGGUCCUCAGAAGCUUCAUUGUAGCAGUCAGGUACGGCUUCAUCUCAAACUCGAGGUACAAGUUGUAUAAAUCACCAGUGAAGUUAUUCUGGAUUACUUCUGAUUUCCUGCUCUUGGGAUGGCUCAAGAUGUCUCCAAAGAUCAUCCAUGAACAAAUUGAUGCGGCUAAAUACAGACUUCAAAUUCAAAAACGAGAAUGGAAGUUUACGUUCAUUACUCCACUUGCAACAGACAUUCAUCAAAGAUUAAUGAUUAACGCUAAGGACUCCAAGGAUGCUUUUGAGAAGAUUGAUAAGGAAUUUGCUUCAAAGAUGAUAACAGCUGACAUCUUUCCAAAAAGUGGAGCUAAAACUACUUCUCUUGUAGCCCAUGCUUUUGCGAAAAUGCCCGAAGAGAAUAAAGAUUAUGCACUCCGAGACACUGAUGAGGAAAAUGUUGAGAUAACUCAGAGCUAUGAAGCAGAAGCAAUUCUUAGAGAAAUGUGUUUGCUAGAGUCUCAUGCCCAUUCAACACCUAUAUAUUCCUUAAUCAUUAUUAUUGCUAGGAUUGCUAUCCAGAUUAUAUCUCAAUUCUACCACAAUGGGAAAUCUUUCUCGGUGUAUUGGUAUGAAUACUUGUUAACUAGCUGGCUCAUCGUUGAUAUCGUAAUAAUCUAUGGAAGCAACCUCUUAUUUAUCAUCGCUGGGAUAAUUGAUUUCAAAAGAAAAUUGUUCUUCAUGAAAAUUCUCCAGAGUAUGAUAUCUAUCCAGAAAAGUAAGGACUUUCAGUAUUCGACAUACUUUCCAACAUUGAAUAUUCUGAAUAAAGAGAACCUGAAAUCAUGGCUUAAAUUACGUUCAGCAAGCUUAGAUCUUGGGAAGAAGUUCACAUAUAGGAUCUUUCUAUACUGUAGCAUCUACUUGAGCGUGUACUUGACAUACCUGAUAUUCUUGUUGAUGAUUGUGUUCAGAAUUAUAAAGGCAGAUUUAGCCAUUGCAGCCUACCUAGCUGGAACAUUUGACAUAAUCGUCAUUUUGACUAUCCUCUUUCAGAUGCUCAGGAUGGGCGCCCAAGUUAAUGACUAUUAUGACAUACAUAAGGGUGAGCUUAUAACAAUUAAAAAGUUACUCUUUGAUGCGAGGGAUAAUCCCGAAAUCUAUGUCAACCUCGGUUCCUCAGCUGACCAUUCUGAUCAACUGCUUGGCAAGAUGAUCAGGACUAUUCCAAGAUCAUCCACUUCCACUUCCAAAUACAUAGACGACUGAAUAAUGUUUAUCGAAAUAGCAAUUCAGGAGCUUGAAUAUGAGAAGGCUACCAAACCUUUGAAACUGAUGGGGCUUACUUGCUCAAAUGAGCUACUCACUUCUGUUUAUACAGGAAUAGCUUCUAUCAGCUUCGCUUUAAUUCAAUAUAUUUAUUCAAGAUACUAA